AUGGUCAUUCUUUCUUUAUUUGCCUUAUUAAUUCAUUCAUUCAUUGUUUCUUUCUUUCUUUGUUUGAUUAAUUCGUUAUUUGUCUGUUCUCUUUUUCUUUCUUUUCAUUACGAUUCUCUUCAUUCCUCCGUCCUUCCUUUCUUUCUUUUUGUUACACAUUUUCUACUCUUCCUUCCUUCCUUCCUUCCUUCCUUCCUUCCUUCCUUGUCUUAUCCGUUUUUAUGUAACCUUUUUCUUUCUUUCUUUCUUUCUUUUUUUCUUUCUUUGUUUGUUUCACAAAUUUUUGUCUGCUCUUCGUUCCUUCCUUCAAUUCUUUCUUUCUUUCUUUCUUUCUUUCUUUGUAUUAUCCGUUUUUGUGUAGGCUUUUCUUUCUCUCUUUCUUUCUUUCUCUUUCAUUUAUUCCUUCUCGUUUUCUUUUCGUUUUGGUUGAAACAUUCACCAACUGAAACUGAAAUGUUGCUCAGUGAUCACAAUGAAGAUGACGGAUUCGAGAACGAUUUUCAACCCGAUCUAUCUAUCUAUCUAUCUAUCUAUCUAUUUUAUUCUGGUCAUAUCUGUCGAUCUAGCAGUCUUAUUCCGAGCAUAACACACUCUCUUUCUAUCUUUCUCUCUCUCUGUGCUAUCUUUGAUAUUGGUAAUAUCCUUAUAUUUAGUAAAUUGGAUAUUAUCUAUCUAUCUAUCUAUCUAUCUAUCUAUCUAUCUAUCUAUCUAUCUAUCUAUCUAUCUAUCUAUUCUGUAAUUUGGAUAUCUAUCUAUCUAUCUAUCUAUCUAUCUAUCUAUCUAUCUAUCUUAUUCUGA